UAAAUAAUGAUGACUAUAACCUUUACUUGUAAAAAAUUGACUUACUUACCUGUUAAAAAAAGGAAGAAGAAGACUAUUUUUACUUGCCUUUGAACAAGAAUUCAAAGGUCCACUGAUCCGGUUGGAAAGGCUAAAAGGUUUAUGGGCAAAUGGAAUUGUGAACUGGUAGGCUAGGGUCCUCUGCUUGUAUAAAAUGGAUGAUAAAAGUGUUCCACUCGAUAAGCUUAAUCAACAUUAGGCCAAAAACAAAAGGUUAAACUCAAUUGAAGCCUUUGAUACAAAUACCAAGUACUAAAGUGCUCAAAAAGAUCCAGAGCAACUAAGGUCCAAAUAUAAUUAUACCGAUGGAAAUCACGCUAAGGCCCUAUGAACUAUCAGAUGUCGAUGACUUCAUGAAAUGGUCGUGUGACGAUAAAGUGAUCAGUCGAACAAGAUUGAGGUACUUCACUUCAAGAGAAGAUGCAUUGAGUUACUUAAAGGAAGUUGUCAUUCCCCGCCCAUGGUGCCGUGCUAUUUGUUUGGAAGGCAAGCCAAUUGGGUUCAUAGCAGUCAAGCCAUGUUCUGCCAAUGAAAAAUGCAGAGGAUCAAUCAGCUAUGCUUUGGGCUCAAAAUACUGGGGCAAAAGUAUUGCCACAAAAGCUGUGAAAAUGGUUGUUCCAAUUGUGUUUAAGGAGUUUCCAUAUGUGGAGAGAGUGCAAGGUCUUGUCGAUGUGGAUAACAAGGCCUCACAGAGGGUAUUGGAAAAGGCAGGGUUCCAAACGGAAGGUACCCUUAGGAAGUAUCUCAUUCUCAAUGGAAAGACUUCUGAUGUUUAUGUAUUUAGCCUAUUGGUGACAGAUCCAAUGGCAAGUUGAAGGGUUUUGUUUGAUUGUUUUCUGUACCCCAUUUUCAUACUACAUAUAUUUGCAUUAAUUGUAAUUCACAGCUUGUAAAUGCAAAACCCCCUUGCCCCAGAGCUUGGAGGCUAAGAAAAAAG